UAUCAUGUUUGUUACAAAUUUCUUUUAUUCCCUGAACACUUCAUCUGCUAGGGUUUAAAUCGCAAUUUCGGGAAGCCUAAUGGUAUCUAUGAUACAACUAUGUAUUGGCCGAUACCGGACAGUAUCGGAUGUUACAUAGGUAAAUAGCGGUAUCAGAGGUCAAAACCAUGAUACGUAACGGCUUUUAUUAAAACCAUGGAUUGGACACAUGCUUUGUGUCCUUCACUGAGAUGGUAUAUGCUGGACAAUUCAUAUCUAUAUAAAGCUACAAAACAUAUCCAUUACUUUCCAAAAAAAAACCAAUCAAAGUUCUUGUGAUGACUUGCAUUGAAACCCAAACUACAUGCAUGGAGAGUAAAAUGGGGUGCCAAAUCAAAGAGACUAGGGACGACAAAGAAACUCAGAUUCUUGCUGAGAGGCUUCAACUGUCACCUAGUCUGAAAGGAGAGAGAAUUGAGAAGGAUACCGAGAGGAGGGACGGCGAAAAAAUCCAAAUUCUUGCACAAAGGCUUCAAUGUUCCCGACCACCACCACCACCACCGCGUAGUUUGAAUGGAGAGAUAGUUGAGAAUGAUACCGAUGAUCACCAGCACGUUAUAAACUCAUCAACGAUGCAUUUUGUGGGAAGGAGAGAGCGAAGGGCUGCCGUUUUGGUGUGCCUUUCCGAAGGAACCAGUUGUGAGUUACGAGUCAUUCUUACCAAACGAUCCAUGAACCUCUCCUCCCACCCGGGGGAAGUGGCAUUGCCUGGUGGGAAGAGGGAGGAAGGAGAUGCAGAUGACUCUGCCACUGCACUAAGAGAAGCAAUGGAAGAGAUUGGCCUGGACCCUUCCCUGGUACAAGUUGUAGCAAAUCUAGAGCCUUUCAUUUCCCAGCACCAACUUGUCGUCGUACCCGUGGUGGGUCUCCUACCAAGAAUUGGAGAUUUCAAGCCAUCGCUUAACGCCGACGAAGUCGAAGCCAUGUUCGAUGCCCCAUUGGAGAUGUUUCUCGAGGAAGAUCGACAUAGAUGCGAAGAGAGGGAGUGGGGAAGUUGGAAGUACACGAGCCAUGUUUUCGAUUUCAAAACAGAACAAGGAGCUUCUUUUCUCAUAGGGGGAUUAACCGCAAGCAUUCUCAUCCGAACCGCCUCCCUCAUCUACCAGCGCUCUCCGGAUUUCUCCGAUCAGCAUCUUCCCGACUUUCAACGCUUGCAAAAAAUCCUCAGCGCUGCCGCAGCCACAUGAAUGAUCAGAUUCGCCCGUUGGAAUUUUUCUGU